GAGUGUCUCAAUGUUGUGAGUGAAACUCGUUCUUGUGGCAUUCAACGCCAAACACAUAAAAGUACGACAACUCGCUAUUCUAGAUUCAGUUACAGUUUCAGUUUCAACUCAGCCAGCUGUUGCAGCAUCCAAGCAUUUGAAUGAUCAUGUUGUCCACCCGCCUAACUUUCCUGUUCCUUAGCUGCCUAACUCUGGCACACGCCCAGUUCUUCUAUCAUCAGGCUCUUGGCUUGUCCUCGUCGAAGCCUUCGUAUGUGCCGGAAUCCCAAUAUGUAGGAUAUGCCACAGCCGAUGCGCAUCCUUCAGUCGUCCAGAAUGCCCAAUGGGAAUCCGAAUUGCCCGCAGAACUUUCUAAGAGCGCACGCUUCUACAACGAUCCCGUGAUUGCAGCCAAUUUGGCCAAGGAAUCGCUCUUGACGCGCAAAGAGAUGGCCGUAGUGCACCGCGAGGCCGAAAGGAUUCCACGCGACCAGGUCUACAAGAUCUUUAAGAACGCGGGCUUUCUGAGUCGUCGAUAGAACCGAAGAUCCGCAGAUAUCUUUCAUUCACCAAGUGCCUUGUUGUAUUCUAGUUUAUAGUAUGUUAAUAAAUCUAAAACGUAUCAAAACUGUUUGUUAAUGGCUGGAUUGUCACUUGCUCAAGAUGCAC